UCCGAACUCUUACAGAGUCUAAUCCACAAAUGGGCUUUAAUAUUCUCAAAGCCUCACCUAUGUCAUCCUCUUCAGCAAAAUCCCUUCUCUUCCUCACAACCACCACCACCACUGUCAAAUCUCCUCUGUCAAGGCUCUCCUCCUGCCCUCUCCCACCUCUACCCAGAAAGACCCACUUUGGAUUUCGAUCAUCAAAACCUAUCUCUUACUCCGUAUUUUUAGGUGGGCUUGGUUGCUGUGGUCGCGGGACUAAUCGUCAUUUUCGUGGCAGCAUCAUAGCCAUGGCUGCACCUGGGUCCACCCAGAAGUCAGAAGAGGAGUGGCGUGCCCUCCUCUCGCCUGAGCAGUUCCGGAUAUUGAGGCAGAAAGGCACAGAAUAUCCAGGCACUGGGGAAUAUGACAAGUUCUUUGGUGAGGGGAUCUAUGAGUGUGCCGGAUGUGGGACUCCUCUCUACAAAUCCACAACCAAAUUCAAUUCUGGUUGUGGUUGGCCAGCCUUUUUUGAGGGUCUCCCUGGAGCUAUCAAUCGCACUUCGGACCCAGAUGGGAGGAGGAUUGAAAUCACUUGUGCAGCUUGUGGCGGGCAUCUAGGACAUGUAUUUAAAGGUGAAGGGUUUCCGACGCCUACUAACGAACGUCAUUGUGUCAAUAGUAUCUCACUCAAGUUUGCUCCUGCGAAUUUGUCACAGUGAAGUCUACUACUGUAGUUAUAUCCAAGAACACUAUCUUCAAAAUUAUCACUAAAACAAUCUGAUAAUGUGAUUGCCUCUUCUGUAUGUCUUUCACUGCCGCCCUCGAGUGCCUGUGUAAUUAACUCGAGGAGCCAUUGGAAAUAAGAUAUUGAUGCCUUAUGUCAAUAUAGGCGAAAAGACCGUUGCUGUAACAUAAGAUACAAGUCUUGGAACCAAAAGUUCAUUAAUUCUGUUUUGAUUGAUGGUGUAUUGGCGUUGCUAUUCUGAAA